AAGUUGUCGGCUCGGUCAUGUGAUCAGCUGUAUCCAAUCACAGCUGAUCACAUGGGACAUGUACACUGAUCAUAAGAGCACUGAUGAUCAGUGUGCCCUGAUGAUCAGUGUAGCCCCAGCAGCGCCACCUGUCAGUGUCCAUCAGUGCCUUGUGUCAGUGCUCAUCAGUGCCUCGUGCCAGUGCCUACCGAUGCACAUCAAUGCCACAUAUCAGUGCCCAUCUGAGCUGCCUUUCAGUCCCACCUAUCAGUGCCAAUCAGUGCCACCUAUCAGUGCUGCCAGUGCCACCUAUCAGUUCUGCCAAUCAGUGCUACCUAUCAGUGCCUGUCAGUGCUGCCUAUCAGUGCCAGUCAGUGCCACCUAACAUUGCCAGUCAGUGCCGCCUAUCAGUGCCAGUCAGUGCCGCCUAUCAGUGCUGCCUAUCAGUGCCAUAUAUCAGUGCCAUGUAUCAUUGCUGCCUUUCAGUGCCCAUCAGUGAUGCCUGUCAAUGCCCAUCAGUGCCACCUACCAGUGCCUCCUCAUCAGUGCCCAUCAGUGCGUGCCACCUAUCAGUGCCCAUCACUGCAGCCUCAUUAGCGCAUAUCAGUGAAGGAGAAAAAUCACUUAUUUACAAAAUUUUAUAACAAAAACUAAGUAACUUUUUGUUUUCCAAAUUUUCAGUGGUUUUUGGUUUGUUUAACAAAAAAUAA